UGUCCUCAAAAAACGUCUCUAUCCCAAGCUAAAAGCUCUGUGCGUACUGUCGAAGAGUAGACGUUUCCUUUACGUUCUACUUUGAGCCCUGGACUGCUGGGGGGUCUUCCUGUUCGUGGAUCACAUGGCUACCAACAUUGUCUUCCAUCCAGGCUCCAUCGGCAGCGCUGAGCGCACAGACCUGCUCAAGCAGAAGGGCGUCACGAUCUGGUUGACGGGUCUGAGCGCGAGCGGGAAGUCCACCAUCGCAUGUGCGCUGGAGCAGCAUCUCCUGCACCUGCACAAGUUCUGCUACCGGCUGGACGGAGACAAUAUCCGCUUCGGGCUGAACAAGGAUCUCGGCUUCGACGAGAAGUCGCGGAACGAGAACAUCCGGCGGAUUGGCGAGGUGUCCAAGUUGUUUGCGGACGCGUCGUGCAUCGCGAUCACGGCGUUCAUCUCCCCAUACCGCGUGGACCGCGCGUCCGCACGCGAGCUGCACGAGAAGGCGCAGCUGGGCUUCGUCGAGGUGUUCGUCGAUGCGCCGCUCCAUGUCGUCGAGCAACGUGAUCCGAAGGGGCUGUACAAGAAGGCACGGGCGGGAGAGAUCAAAGACUUCACUGGUAUCUCUGCGCCGUAUGAGGCCCCGGAAAAGCCGGAGAUUCAUAUCAAGACGGACGAGUGCGACGUCGCGGAGUCCGUUCGCGUCAUCACGGAGUACCUCGAGAAGAAUGGGUUCAUCUAGAUGCCUGGAUGGGUUUGGCAAACGUUACGUGGGAUGUGUUGCGGAUUGCAAUGCCGGUGGACAGCACAAACUAUACCAGUUUCUGAUUGCACGAUAAGUGCCGGGUAUAAAGACAGCUUUUCAAAGGGAAUCAGCGUAGCUUAAACAAGGUAUGACUAGUCACCCGUGUUUUCAGGCGAUGCCAUCGUGGCCUCUGCACCAGAUAGUUCUUCCAUUGUUGCCGAGUAUAUUCUCCGCUUGGUGCAAGGUGCACGGAACAUUCCAGAAGUUGCC